AGCGCGCGCGGUGAAUCAGCGCGGUGUCGGUAUGGCAGCGGCUCAGUCUGACCCCGAGUCUCUGCACAUCUCCGUGGCGGUGCUCGGCAUCUCCGGCGGCUCUUUGCUGCUUCUGGUGAAUAACUAUGGCAGCUCUUCUGCUAAACCCCUGAUCCCAUACACAUCUCUGGGGGUCCUGCUCCUCAUCAUCUCAGCCUUGCUGGCUUAUGCAGGAGUGCGUCGGAGUUUAUCCAACAGCUUCAUCUUCGUCAGUCUGUGUCUGACAGUGUCGGCGCUGUGGUGUGGCUCAGGGCUGAUUUAUAUCCUGGAGGGCGAGGCUGUAAUAGUAGAGGGGUUGAGGAAUGCGCUGGUUCCAGGUCUUGCUGCGUUUACUUUAGCUCUGUUUAUUAUCUGUAUAGUGGCGGUUCUCCAGAGAGAGGUGGUCUACUCCUUUAUUGCUCUGGCUAUUUGCUUGGCAUGCGCCCAUCAGAUCGCCGGUCUGGCCGAUGCAGCUUUCGGCCAGUCGGCCACCGCCGCCUGUUACCUGCUGGUGUGUUUCGUUGGCGCUUACUUCGGGAGCGGACGCUUGUUGUUCUAUAUCACCCGCGGUAAGCUUCAGCUUCCAGGCAUGGGUCUGAAGAAUAAGGUGAACUCUAAGGUAGCGCAGGGUCAGGAGGCUAACGAUGUGGUUCCGGUGGGUUUGGUGAUGAACUUGUUGUCGGCUAGCGUUCUGGCUUGUCCGUUGCUUGGCGUGGUUCCUCAGCUGUUCGUGGGUCACGUUCCAUGGCUGUGGACAGCUGGAGUCUUCCAGUUAGGGGUGUGUGUCCUUUCCUAUAGGUCUAUGGACAUCCUGGCUGCCACCUUCUACGGCUUCACGGCCAUAUUGAAGUUUUCUGAAGGGUAUAGUGCGCUGGUGAAGGACUUGACACAUCAAGAACCCUAUUCUCCAGUACCCUUUCCUACGGUUUUCGCAAUACUCUUCUUCGUGUUGGCUGUGUUUAGCGUUCAGAGAAGUUUACUCGAUGUUUUCUACGGCCUUUUCUUCGUAGCGUACUGCAUCGCAAUCGCCGCCCAACCCAGAGGCUUUUUCCAGGGGGGAACUCAAGGUGUGGAAGCUGCCAUAUUUGUGGCAUCCGCCAUCAUGCUCAUGGUAACUCUCUACAACAAGGGUGCUCAAAAGAAGAUACCGACAGGCGAUGGUCUUCUCAAGAAUCUUCUGAGCCGAGGUGGUAAAUUCACCCUUCGUUCUCAAGACAAAGAUAUGCAUGCGCCGUAUUUGGGUUACUCCAAAUACGCGGAUGCUGAGGUGUUAGCUCAUGGCUGUAGUGUUCUGGCAGCUUUCGCCAUUACCGCUAGUACAGCGGGUCAGAACCCUUUAACGGUUCUGAUUUUGCCCUGGGCCGUGGUUUCAGGUGGUGUCCUCCAGUUGCUGUGUGGAUCAGUGGCCUACGCUCGAGGUAAAACCCUAGAGAGCACGGCCUUCAUCCUCUACGGAUUCAUGUGGACGGUUUGGGGCCUGACGCGCUUCGGCGGACUCUACGGCGACGUCCGCGGCUUCCAAGUAUCAGUAGGAAUCAUUAGCUUCAUGCUUUUCAAUGUUCUAGUAACGAUAGGAGCCAUGUUCCUCAAUUUAGCUUGGUUUAUCUACGCCCUCACCUUUGAGCUCAUCCUCAUUAGCUUCUUGCUGGACGCAGUGGACGCCCUGCCCUACGGCUACGAUAUUGGCGUCACCAUCAUCUUCGGCUUGGUUAGCUUCUACUUUUUCCUGGCCAACCUGUUCAACACCGUCUUCGAGACGCCACAGCUUCCUUUUGGUGAUCCAUUGAUCAAGUUGAGGGGAUUCGGUGGAGGAAGAGACAGCUGUCCUCAUCUUCCGGCGAGGAAAGCCACAUCUGUGCAUCAGAUUGCAGACAUCAUGAAGAAUGGAGGAAUAUGCGGGAUGCCCACUGACACAGUCUAUGUGCUGGUGGCGGCUUGCAAUCGUCCAGAAGCUGUUGAGAAAGCCUAUAAGGUGAAGAAGCAGGCUCAGGAACGCCCCAUGUCAUUAUGGAUCUCCUCCCUUAAGCAGUUAGAACCGGUCAGAUCACAGAUUAAUCCAGUGCUCUGGGACUUCAUGGAAGCUGCUUGGCCCUCAUCAAUCAGCAUGGUCAUUCCUAGAGCUCCGUGGAUGGAAUUCUUCGGUUUGGCUGAUUCAUCGAAAUACAUCGGCACGCCGCAGAGCAUAGCCAUCAGAAUCCCAGACUGCACUGUUGCGACACACCUAAUUAGCCUGGUCGGCCCUAUUGCUGUUACAUCAGCCAACCCGACAGGUGAGGCCGACACGACUCAUCAUAACCAGGUGUACGCCAAGCUGGGUGACAAGGUGAAUGGCGUUCUGUGUGAUGGGCCUUCACCUGAGAACAUCGCCUCCACUGUGGUGGACUGUACGAAGGUGGACAGUGGCCAGAUUGGCUUUUUCAGGGUUGGUCUGAUACCCAAGUCUAAGGUUCUUCAGAUCUUCGAGGAGAUACAGAUGAGGCAUCGGCACGGGCAGGUGAACGAAGCUUUUGAGGGAGAUUUCACAGAAAAUCAGACUGAAUUAACACAAAUAAUAAGAGAUCCUGAAACAGACUCAGGCUUAAGCCAGCAAACCCCCGCGGAGUCGCUGAGCUCGCUGGAGCUCAGUCAGCACCACCAUGAAGACAGUGAAGAAGAAUCGCUUUAAAUCAGGAUGAAUUCAAAUCAAAAACAGUAAUGAUAAAUAUGCCAAAUGUAAAAUUAUAACUGAUUUAAAAACAUCAAAGUCAUUACGAUUAAAGUGUAUAGUAAAUCUGCAUCUCUAUUAUUUACAUUAAAUUAUUAGCAUUGUAAAACACUGUAAUGUACAUAAUAUAGUAUAAUUUAACCAAAAGCAGGCCUAUAUUGGCAUCAUGCAAAAUUGAAAUCAGUGUAUAUCAGUGUGUCUGUAUAUAAAUAUCUAUAUAAAAGUGUAUAUUAAUGUCUACAAUGUCUAUAAACAAUUUUAAGCAUUUUAUUUUUAAUCCGAAACCACCAGUGAACCUACACAACCCUUAUAUUUGUAAUAUUUGUAAAUGCUGCCAAAUUGUUUAAUACUUUUUUUUUUAAAUAACCCAAUCAAAAAAAGGGCCAUAAUGCAAUAAUGCGAAAAUGCAAUGUUGGAAUCAGUGUAGGAUUUGUAUUUCUUUUUUGUUGUGCACUUUAAUGGCCCAGGUUUAAUUUAUAUGUUCUGUAUGUUGUACGUUAUUUAUUUUUACAUGUAUUUCAUGCCUAAUAAAGCUGAGAAUAUAUUAAAUUUAA